AUGCCUGCUAAAUACACUUUAACCAAAGAUGCACCCGCGCCUCUUCCAGGAAUCUAUACCCAAGCUGUACGAGCAGGAGAUUAUGUUUAUACCAGUGGGUCAGUAGGUAUGACCAAAGAAGGUCAAAUGGUACCUGGCACUGUACAAGAUAGAACUAGACAAGUGAUUCAAAACCUUGAAGCCGUUCUGAUAGGUUCAGGCAUGACCUUGAAGAACGUCGUCAAAGCGAAUAUCUACUUGUCAAAUCUCUCGAGAGAUUUCAACGCUGUUAACGAGGUGUACAAGGAAAUGAUGCCCGAGCCAAAACCCGCAAGAACUUGUGUCGGUGUCGCAGAAUUACCUGCUGGAGGCACAGAUGUUGAGAUCGAGUUUGUUGCAUACGACGGAUAG